AGGUUCCAACACUGUGCGCACGCACUGCCUCACGUUGUGGUGUGCUGCUGCUGCUGCUGCCACGAGCUUCACCCUCCCUAGGACCCAGCUGCACCUUUUAGUGUGUUAUAUACCCACAUCGCCGUGUUGUUGCGCCUUUCGCUGCUGCCCCUCUAGUCUUACACUCUCCUCUAGUGGCGUGUGUGCGUAAAGAUCAAUAAUGUCUGCGUCUCCAGUAGCUCGCCAGGCUGUGGCUCAAGCCCAACCACAGACCAUCCCAAGGAGAAUCACCAUUAACUCACCGGCGGAAUUACCCCACGAUUAUAGUACCACGCCUGGAGGCACACUCUUCUCCACUACCCCAGGAGGUACAAGAAUCAUCUAUGAACGAAACUUCUUGCUGCAAAUGCGGAACUCUCCAUUGGCCAGGACUCCUCCAAAGAACUUACCAGUGAUACCUGGAGUAACUACCAAGGAUGAUGCUGUUGUCCAUAGGGAAAAUGGAACUAUUGCAGAGGAACCGGAGAAGACUGAGCAUGCUGAAGGUGACCAGUUUGAAAUGGACCUUUAAACUGUCUCCCUGGCCCCAGCAUCACCAGGUUUCUGCCCAUCUCACCAUUUGUACAGAAAUCAAGUAGAUCAGUUUCAGAGGAACCUGCUGUACAAAUCCUUGGGCUUAAGCCCACUUGUUGCUCAUGUCUGAAUUGUUUGGGUGGCAUCCUAACUUUUCAGUGGCUCUUCAUACCUAAGUACCAGUAGUCAGCCUUUGCAUGAGAUUUUGACCUGAGCCUUCCUUGGACUUCCAUGGUGAUGAUGAGGUCAGGUUCUCAUAAUUGGUUACGUGGCUAACCAGCACAUUCGACUUUGUAUCGGCAGGGUCGUACUUAUAUAAAAUGAGCAAAGUUUUACUUGCUCAGAUAUCGCUCAACAGCAAGCACAAUGUGUGUCAGCCCAGUGAAGUAAUUUUAUGUGUUGCCCUUUCCUAUGGGUUGCCAAAUUUGAUUAUUGCUUGUGUGGAAGGAGAGGAUCCACUCUACUGAGUUAAGUGGCCAAACCAGUAUAUUUGGAGUUAGUGGGGUGGAAUACAAGCAUUUGAACAAAUGCAGUUGAAGUUCGUUGAAAUUAGUACCCCAAAGCAAUGUAGAACUGAGGGCUGUCAGAAUGAUUUUUUUUUUUUUUUUUUUUUUUUUGUCUUGCAUCAUCAUCAGGGAUUAAGUGCAAGUGCAAUUGUGAAAAUGAUUUCAUACAUUUUCUUUUAAAGACAACUAGUUUUGCUUAGUGCCAAGAAUAAUUUCCUGUAUUAAGUGAAUUGUGUGUUUUAUGCUUUCUCACAAUGUUUUCUUCAUCUCAAUUUAUGAAAUAUUUGAUAUUGGUAUAAAUGUUUCCUAAAAAAAAUACUUUUACACACAGUAAAAUAUGCAAACGACAUUGACAAAAACAAAUGCAAAUAGGAUUUUUUUUUAUGUAAAAUUUACACAUUAGUAGUCAAUGACUUAACAUAGGUGUUCGGUUUUUGUGAUGAAUUUGAGGUAACUGUGAGAGUAUGAUUUCUGUGCUCUGUAAAAAAAAAAAAAAAAAAUAUUGAGGAAAGCGGGUGUGACUUGUAAUUCCUCUUCCAUUAUGCAAUAAAUAUGUUUUAUAACUGUUUAUAAAAAAUAUUCAAAAGUUUUAUUGCCUAAUAAAUGCCAUGUCUAGCCAUUAAUUAUAGGUUAAAAUUAAAAAAUUUUAUACUGUAUAAAGGCCUGCCUAGAUGAAACCCAUUGGUUUUAAAUGUUGGAUGCACAGGUUCAAACACACAGUAAUUAACUUUUUAAUGGUAAUUUAUGGUAGUCGUGUUUGGUGACGUUUGUAGCAGUGAGUUUUUUGCAGUAAUUUGGACAGGGCAUUAAAUAUUGGAGCGAAAUACUUAUUAUAAAGUUCUCAUAAAAGAAUAAAUCCCCAUAAAAA